GUGAGGGGCGUUUCCCGCCUUUUCCCCUCAGCACGGGAGCCGCCAUGGAGCCGCUCCGGCCUUUGCUCGUCCCGUUCCUGCUGCCCGAGCACUGCUUCGACCAAUUCUUCCUGCGCUUUCAGCUCCUCGACGUUCCGUGCCUGAAAAUCCUCCUGAGCAAAGCCCUGGGCUACGGGAUUGUGGCGGGAUCCGUGCUGGUGAAGGUUCCCCAGCUGCUCAAGGUGUGGGGGUCUCGCUCAGGGCAGGGGCUCAGCCUCCCCUCGCUGCUGCUGGAGCUGCUGGCCCUGGGGGGAUCCGUGAGCUACGGCUGGGCCAGGAGAUUCCCCUUCAGUGCCUGGGGGGAGUCUCUGUUCCUGCUGCUGCAGAGCCUGAGCCUCCUGUUCCUGGUGCUGCACUUCAGGGGGAGCACGGGGCCAGGGCUGGCUCUGCUCACCCUUUUUGGGGCAUUUUUGGGGGUUUUGGUUUCUCCCCUGACCCCUCUGAGCUUCGUCACCGCCCUGCAGGCCCUGAACCUGCCAAUCAUCAUCCUCAGCAGGCUGCUGCAGAUCGUCACCAACGCUCGCCAGGGCCACACGGGGCAGCUCUCAGGGGUCACCACGGGGCUCCUCUUUGGGGGGGCCCUGGCCAGAAUCUUCACCUCCCUCACGGAAACCGGGGAUCUGCUCCUGGCCUCGACCUUCGCCGCCUCGGCCGCCUGCAACGGGGUCCUGCUGGGCCAGGUGCUGCUGCUGGGGGGCAGCCGGGACCCCCACCCCAAAAAGGAGUGACCCCAAAAAGGGGAGACCCCAAAAA